AUGGAUGACUGGUUAGAAGACAAAAAACAGCAAAAGAUGAAAACUCAAGAGUGGACAGAGGAGGAUCUCAGCCAGCUCUCCCGCUGCAUGGCAAAGUUUCCUGGUGGAACGCCAGGCCGGUGGGAGAAGAUUGCUCAUGAGUUAGGCAGAUCAGUGACUGAGGUGACAACAAAGGUAAAGCAAGUCAAAGACUGUGUCACCAAUACAUCAGGGUUGGUGAAGCUUUCUGAGCUGAAGGGUGCUGCAGUGAUGGGAAAGAGUUCCAGAGCCGUCACAGUGCCAGACAGUCUGAUGACCCAGCGAGAGGAGACCUUAGAGCAGCAGCUGGAGGAUUCAGCAGAGCCUGCUGGGGCAGAGGACUCUGAGAGCAAAGCGCUCAGAAGACGGACAAAAAAGUCUGCGGCCGGGAGCGCUGGAACAGGAGCAGCGGAGGAGAGGAUGAAAGGACGCAGACAAAGAGACUUCGACCCCACAGCUGUAGAUGACAACAGUGAAGAUGAGAAGAAACCAUCAGCCUCCAAAGAAAAACCCAGUGCUGCUGAAGAUGUCUGGACACAGAACCAGCAGAAGCUCUUGGAGCUGGCCUUACAGCAAUACCCACGUGGCACCACUGAACGCUGGGACAAGAUUGCUAAGGUGGUGCCUGGAAAAACCAAGGAGGAGUGCAUGUCCCGUUAUAAACUGCUGGCGGAGCUGAUUCUGAAACGGAAGCAGGUCAAGAGCUGACUCCUGGUCUUCAGUAUUUCACCGUACCUCUCACCUGCUUGUUAUGUGCCUUAAUGCAAACCUACGUCCUUUUGCCAGACGUUGUGCCAUGUUCACCAGAGCAUGAAUUGUCAGCAUUUAAUCAUUGGAGAGAUCCCAACCGCACAUUUAAAUAAGGUUUUAUUUAUUUUAAAAUCUGUUUCAGAUUGUAGACUUGUUAUUUUUUGUUUCUCUAUGCAACCAGACAAUCUGAGAAGCAGAAGGCACAUUUUAAUGUUUUUUUUUUUUUUGUUUUUUUCCCUAAUUCUGAAACAAUUUUAUUAAGAAGCACAAUGUGUUGUGCUGUAAUCUCUUUUGGUCAUACGUUACAACAGAGUUUUUGCAUACAACAUGUAAUGUGUCAGUUUCUGUUGUGGUCAUUACUGUGCUUCAGCAUAUAUUGGCUCAUACAUUUUGAAGAACAUGACACUGUUAUCCUCAUAUGUUCCAUUCUGUAGAUUUAAGAUUAAACCAAGUGAUUUUUCAAA